UAUAUUAAAAGAAAACAGCUCAAAAUGAACUGCAACUUGGUUCUCAUCGUUUUGGCCGCUUGCAUCGGUUCAAUCUACUGCUAUCCACCAACAUCUGAUAUUCAAACAUCUCUUCAUCGAUUCAACAACAAGACUUAUUAUAUCGAAACCCUCGCUAAGGCUGACUUCUACAGGUCCUUCAUGUUCUGCCAAAAAAUCAACAUGCGUUUGGUGACCGUCGACUCCAACGAGGAAUUCGAGAAAUUGGUUGAGCUCAUCAAGAAAUCAGUUAGCUUCACUCAUGGUGCUGAAGUGUGGACUUCUGCUACAGAUUUAUCUGUGGAAGGUUCUUUCCUCUGGAUGUCCACCGGAUUGCCAAUGAAUGUUGACAAGUGGUUACCUAAAGAACCUAACAACGCUGCUAACUCCGAGCAUUGCAUGGCUUUCAGGAACGAAGGUGAUACUAUCGGAUUUAACGAUAACAAAUGCUGGACCGAAAACUACUUCAUCUGCGAAUCUGUACCAAGUCAAUGUUAAUUAACGGAUUUGAUAUGAAAUAAAUCACAUAUUACAUUA